AAAAAAGAAAAACAAAAGUCGUAUCCGCAUACAGGAAAGGGCAUUAUGGUAAACUCGUGAAACACCUCGUUCUUGCCUACUUCCUGGCUCCCUGCUACUCCCUGUUCUUUUCUCUCGAAUGUAUAAAACUCACCUCAGCCAUACUCAUUCACAUCUUCAAAGUUCAAACUCAAAACACUAUCAUCCUUUUAAUAGCAACCCUCUUCUCCGAUCAAUUUUCCGUUUUAAUACCCCUAUUCUCCGAUCAAUUUUUCGAAUCAAAAUCCAUACCAACAAUCUGCAAAUAUGUGUGGUGGUGCAAUCCUCUCCGAUAUCAUAGCCCCGGCGGCUAAUCGUUCUCGCCGGCUCACUGCCGAUCUUCUUUGGAGCAACGAUUUCACAAAGAGCUCUAGCAGUUACUUCUCAAACCCUCCACAAUCCGAUGCCUUUGAUGUUGACGAUGAGUUCGAGGCCGAUUUUCAGGGAUUUAAGGAUCAGGUUGAAAUCGAUCAGGAUAACAAGCCUUUUGCUUUCUCCGCCUCCAAAGACUCCGCUCCUGCUCGUGGGUCAAGAUCUGUGAAAUCUGAUGAUCAGGUUGAGAGAUCUGGUUCCAGGAAAAGGAAGAACCAGUACAGAGGAAUCCGUCAGCGGCCAUGGGGAAAAUGGGCCGCAGAGAUACGUGAUCCAAGGAAAGGCGUCCGUGUAUGGCUUGGAACCUUUAAUACCGCUGAAGAAGCUGCGAGGGCUUACGACGCCGAGGCCAGACGCAUCCGUGGUGAGAAAGCAAAAGUCAACUUUCCGGAGAAAGCUUCUCCGGCGAAGCCCAAAUCCCGGAAACCUGUUUACAAACUAGGAUCUGUGGAAGAGAAACCAAAAGCUAAUCUUACCGCGGAUAUGCCGGCGGCGAAACCAUUUAUUCCGUCCGAAACUGCUGCCUUUUACUUCAGCUCCGAUCAGGGUAGCAACUCGUUCGAUUGUUCCGAUUUCCCAUGGGGGGAGAACUGUGUAAGAACUCCCGAGAUCACAUCUGUGCUUUCUGAAGUCGAUGAAGCUAACUUUAUGGAAGAUUGUAAUCCAGCGAAGAAGCCGAAAACAGAGUCUGUGAAUUUGGUCUCAGAUUGUGAGAAUACCGAUGAGCUGUUCUUUGAGAUGCCAUGGGAUACUUCUUCCGUCGACGCUUUCCUCAACGGCGAUUCAACAACUCAGGAUUGUGAAAGCGUCAUGGAUCUAUGGAGCUUCGACGAUCUCCCUGUCAUGAUGAACGGAGGAUUCUAA